AUGUCGUCUGGUAACAAGCCUGAAGAAGGCAAAAGGCACCGCAAACUGUCACUGUCAAAUGAGAAGCAAAAGUUAAAGAACACGUUUAAGAAGGACGUCAUUAAGACGGCUGUGCUGCACAAACGCUCCCAGCAAUCUCCGCCUGCCAGAGUACACAAACCCGCGAUCACCGACCCCGGGCAGGAUCCUGCUGGUGGCGAUGCUCAAGCAGUGAAGAACCCAGAUGAGGAUUGUGACAUGGUCACGGCCUUGGAUGAAGACAAUUUGACGAAACUUCAGUUCCAGUUUCUCGAAGCGGCAAGAACCAACCGCUGCGAUGUCUUGGAGGUGAUUCUGGGGCAACGCGCUUGCCGAGUGGACAUUCGAAACAAUCUAGACCGAACGGCCCUCCACUUGGCCGCUGCGCAGGGCUGCUUCGAGGCCGUCCAGUUGCUGGUGGCCGCGAAGGCCCCCGUCGACACUCCUGACAAGCACGGAAUGACUCCAAUGUUCUGGGCCGCGCACAACGACCACGUGGAGAUUGUGGUUUUUCUCAUCGGAAACGGCGCAAAUGUGAAUCGCAAAACUAAACGUGGCUUCACCCUUCUUCACAUUCUCGCAAAGGCAGAUGCCUUGAAGACGUUGGAGGCCCUCGUUCGCAACAAGAUCAUCCACAACUUUCUGGAUGUCGAUCUGAUAAAGAUGUCAUUAGGUGUUUUCAGUUCAAUUGUUUCACAUGAGAAGCUCUUGGGAAGUAGUCCGCACGCUUUACGCCAGGUCUCUCUCUCUCUCUCUUCGCAGAAUGACUACACGCCUCUGAUGGUUGCGACUGUGUCUGGAAGCCUUCGGGCCACGACUGUUUUAUCGCGCAUUGGAUCGCUUGAGUCGCAUGUUGACAAGAAUAAGAAGAAUCUCUUCCAUCUAGCAGUUCUUGGCGGAUGUCCAUUCAUCCUUGAACAACUGUGCAAACACGAGGAUGCCCCAAAGCUCAUAAAUGCCUUCGACGAUGAUCUGAAGGCUCCGAUUCACUACGCAAUUGAGCUUGACGACUACGAUUGCAUGUCGGUCCUUUUGAAAUAUGGCGCACGGGUUAACAUUAAAUCGAAGACUGCUCCCUACCCCAUCAUAACUGCUGCCCAGAGAGGAACCGUCGACAUGCUUAACCUGCUUAUCGUCAACAAGGCGAAAAUAUCCAAGAAGAAUUUUGUAAGUCAGCCAUGCAUAACUCUGAGUCGCGGUCAACACGACGAAGUCGAGGCAGGCAACACGCCCUUGCAUGUCAGCGCGAUGGCCAAUCAGGUCGAAGCGGUGCGGUUCCUGCUUCGGAAAGGCGCCAGCAUCUGCGCUCUUAAUCGGAGACUUCAGACGCCCUUUAACGCCGCAGUGGAGCAGGGAAGCGCUGAGGUUGUCGAGUUGCUUAUUCUUGCUGGAGCUGACAUGAAUAUGGUUGAUCGAGCUGCAAAGAAGCCCCUGCAUUUGGCUGCUCUGAGUGGAUUUGUGCGAAUUGUCGACAUGAUUAUUAAGGCCGAAAGGUGGAGAGAAAAGUAUCCGGAAGCAGCAGCAGAUAUGGCAAAGAAGUACUAUCCAGGUGGAGGACGUGGAGGAGGAAAUGCAGGCGAUGUAAGUGAUGAUGAAGGAACCAGCUAUGCCUCUCAGGCACUGCCACAAACUCAAGAGGACGUGGCGGCAAACGAGGAAUCACCUUCGAUCUCCCAGGCGCCAACGUGCCACUCCGAUGACGACGUCUCCAUUUCACAAGCGUCAACUUAUCGAAGCACGGAAAGUGGAAGUGACGAUCGUGAUGCUGAAGCGAAUGAGGAAUACCACGCGCGCGAAUCCACCGCCUCUCCGCCACCUUCGCCAAGACAAUACCGGCGGGCGGAAUCCACUUUUUCCAACGCGUCAGCAGGCAGCACCGCACGGGCUCGACUGAUUGAGCGUUUGAAGCAACAGAGGGCCAGGCAGGUACCCGCUUCGGUGACUGGAGCCCCAGUUACUAGACAAGAGGAGGAAUCACCUGUGUUGAAUAUUCAAUCACCAAAGUCGGUGCCACCGAUGCCGUUGAAUGGAGGUGCCACGCGACCACCGGUCCCAUCUCGAAGACCAAAAAAUGCCUCGGACGCCAACGGCAACUUGGGAGAUGUUCCUGAGCUACCCGCGCGGCACACAGCUGGCUCCCCAACGACCUAUUCCAGCUCCUUCCAUCCAGAGUAUCGAUUUUUGGUGUUCACUCAGUCUUACGCCGGAUACUUUCAGACUCUCUUCUUCUACAUCGCGCACCACAAAUUAAGACGUGACGAAUGGAAGGCCCUUGCCAGACACUGGGAUUUUUCCGAGGAGCAUGUCGAGGCCAUAGAGCUUCAACACACCGGUGACCGCCGGGCAUACAAGGAGCACGGCUAUCGCCUGCUGUGUAUUUGGCUGCACGGCUUAAGAGAGGACGAGGAGCCCGGUCCGCUUCUCUACACGGCUCUCAUUGCGAUUGGUCGACGGGAACAGGCGAACAGUGUUCAGAAGUACCUCUACGAGGCCACCCAUGGCCGCAGGACUCCAGCAGAUCAAUGCCAUAUUUCUUGA